GUCGUUCUAUGGUUUUAAUAAAUGUGUUGUCAUUUCAUUUUUAUUACUACUAACAUGAUUUUUUUAGUGAUCAGUGAUAAUGUAUUUUUAACGUUAUGUAUUAUAUUUUAUAGUAUAUUUUUUAACUCUUCGUGCUGGCACUUUUUUUAAAAUCAUUUUAAUUAGAUAAUAGGUUUAAAGAUGUAAAUAAAACUGUGUAUGUUGUAAAUUUAGACUUUUUAGUGUAGCUAAGCACUAUCAAUUAAGGAAAUUAUAUUAUGAUUUUAUUUUCCUAAAUCUUUUUUCUGUGUAUUUUUUUUGUUUUAUUUUGUAUUUUUACAAAGUUAUCGCAUUAUUCUUUAAUUGCAGAGAAUUGAUAUUUCCAAAUUUUGUUUCAUAUACCUGAAGUCGUCGGUUGAUUUUUGUUUGUUUUCUUUUUCUAAUUAUACGUACAGUUCGACCGUUUCUUCUUUUUUUGGAUCAAAUUACUAAUAUCAUGAGAUAGAAAAGUUUAAACUCUAAGAAUGGAGUGAGUAUUUGUGCUAGAGAAAACUUAUUUAACCACUAAUAUAGUGAGAUAUUAUAAUAUUAGAAGGUAUGGAAACUCUUCUAUGUUGUCCUACGCUGGACAUAAUUAAGUUGUUGUCAGUUGAUUCUAUAUUUGUGAUAACUGGAAAUACAUCUUUAUGUCUUCCUUACAUCAUCCUUAAUUAGUUUACUGUUCGACCAUUUCUAAUAUACUGAGAGUAACAUAAAAUUAGAUGUUGAUUAUCUCCUCCCAAUUAGGAAUGCAUAGAAUGAGAGAAAUUCAAGAUGAGACCUCUUUACAAUUUUGUCCUCAUAUCUAUAUAGAGUUAGUAGAUUACUCUAUCUGUUUCAAAAUGUAAUCAUUUUUAAUUAAAAUCUGUAAUAUUUAAAAGUUAUUGCUUUAGAAAACUGCCAUUUAAUAUAUAAAUUUAAUCAAUUACACAGUAAUUUACAUAAUUUAAUUGGCCACAUAAUAUCCAAUAAAUAUAAAGUUACAUUGAAAUAUAAAAACAAUUUCCCUACAAAAAAAAAUACUUUUAAACCAUUAUAUUAUAAAACAAAGAGAAUAUUUAAAUUAUAUUGAAACAUUAAAAUAGUAAAAAUCAGAAAAGCUGAAAUCUCAACGUCGAUCAUUUACGUUGGCCAUGUUAUUGACUUUGAAGAUAACGUGAAUGAUCAAGAACAAAAAGAUUAAUUUUAGCUUCAGUCUUCUUUUUUUUAAUAAUUUUACCAAAAAAAAAAAGAACAGGAAGAUGACUAAUAAAAAAAGAUACAGACACAGUACUAUAAAAAGGUGUUGAUCACAAUAGCAAACAUUAUAGUCGCAAAAAUAAUCAACUUUAUAUUAAAUAUUAGUCAAAAAUAAUAAAAUAUAUAAUAUUAAUAAAUUUCAUUUUAAAUAUAAUUUAACUUUUAAAAAAUUUAUGUUGCACAUGGUGCAGGAACACACCUAGUAUUAUUUGAAUUUCAAAAACUAUCUGAUGCACUGACUUUUUGUGACAAAUCAAAUUUAAGGAACUGGACAAGAGAUUGAGAGGAGUGAUGUGGAGAGGUACAAAGAGUCUUCACUUGAUGAGUUAUAAUGGAGCAUUGAAGUGCCAUUGUUGUAGUCGUAGGAGUUACACCGAUGAAGUUGGGUAGACGAACAGUUUUGGAGUCGUUGGAGACGUCUGAGGCGAGUAGACUAAAGAAAAAGAAGCUAUAAGUUAUACAAUGGGCUGACUAUUUUGAUGGGUUUGGAUGGUUCGAGACCCAUCAUCUAAACAUUCGCGAUGACGUGGCAGUUUGAUUGGUGAAGAAUAUUUUGUCCUAUGUGGCACUUCUAAGAAGCCUCAAAAUUAGUAACUUUUAUAUAGUAGGAUAACUUUUUAUGACAAAAACAAUUUGUUUCCUUCAACAAUUUGUUUUCAAAUGACAUUAUUGGGAUCAGUAAACAAUUUAGAUGAACACAUUUCAUUUUUUUAUGUUAUUAUCUCAAGAAAAUAAAAUUUCGACUCAAUGUAAUUAAAACAAUUUUUUUAGGAGAAAAUCAAGAAAUUAAUUUUUACAUUAUUUAAAUGAAGAAAACUAUUGAUAAGUCACUUGUAAGGCAUUGCAACAUUACAAUUUAGCAGUUUGUUUUUGGUCAAAAACAAUUUAGCAGUUCAUUGCAAACAAAACUUAAAUAAAAAAAGCUAUCAGUUAAAUUUGUAUCACAAAAUUCAUUUAAUUUUUCUUAUAAUUUAAUAAUCUUCAAUUGGUUAGAAAUGAUUUCCCAUUGAUAAUGAAGUAUACAUAACAUACCACAUUAUAAGUCAAAAUUGUUUUUUUAAACUGAAUAAGUCAAAAUUGUUUCUUUCAACUAAUUAAAUAACACACUAUCUUAUUCUUGUUAAUUUUUUUUGCUACUCAAUGAAAUACUGCAAAAAAACAACAAAUGAUUGUGCUGAUCCUCGAGCUAAGAAAUCAAUUUCAAAUAGUAUAUAAUGGAGGCUGUUUCAUUACUAUGCAUUUUUAUUAAAUCUUUUAGUAAUUAUUUUGUAAAUAUUUAUAAUAAUAUUUAACGUUUUUUUUGAAAAAUAAUAAUAAUGAAAUCUUAUUAUUUGUUUUCAUAUUGUAUCUUGGAAUAUUUGUUGUUUUUUUAACUUAAUAUUUCUUGUUUUAUUAGAAUAAAGAUCGAUAGUGAGUUAUAUGAUAGUCUCAUUUAUAUAUUCAUAUGUACAUAUUAUAUAUUAUGAUUUACAUGUACCACUACAUUGUGAUAUAAUGAGAUAUCUACAUUUUCAUGAGUUCAUGAAGGCAAGUUUGAAAAUUAAAAUAAAAUAGAUUAUGAACGAACUGCGCGCUUAAAUUUCUGAAAACACAUAAUUCUUAUAUUAUCAAUAUAAAUAUAUAUAAAUAAAUUAAAAUAAAAAAAUUUAAAUCAUGAAAUGAACUUAUAUACGCCUUUAUAACUAAUAUUUUGGUAUUAUUUAUAAAAUUUCGUGAUCACUAUUUUAAUAAUUUCAAAUUUAUCAAGAACUUAAAUCAUAAGUCAAAUUUUUUUGAAAUAUUAGAUAAACCAAUACCAACAACAAAAAACUGUAGCAGGUAAAAUAAAAAUAAAACUAAAAACUUAAUAUUAUAAGUAAAAUUUUAAAAUUAAAAACCAUUAAAAUACUGAAAUAUAAAAACCAAAAAUCCAAAACCAAAAACCUAAUUUUAAAACAAAAGUUUAAAUUCAAAAACAAAAGCUACUCAACAAUCAAUACCUAGUAAAAACCAAACCAAUUAAAAACUACAACGAACCCCUAAACCUCCCUCCAAAAUAGGAACUGUAAAGGCAGAGAUCACACCAUUCUUCUCCAUGGAUGUGCUUAUCUCUUCGGCCACCAUGUGCAUAUCUCCCAAGAACCCCCUCCUCGUCCGGUCUGCCCGGCCUGGUUCUUUGAUCCUCCCUAAACCGAGAUCUCCGACAAAUUCGGUAAGAUUUCAUCGAGUAGCGGCGGUGGCGGCUGCGAGAGCAACGGCUAUUGAUCUAAGCGAUCCAGAGUGGAAACUAAAGUACCAGAGAGACUUCGAGGAGAGAUUCAGCAUCCCUCAUAUCACUGAUGCGUUCCCUGAUGCAGAAGCCAUCCCUUCCACGUUUUGUGUCAAGAUGAGGUCUCCGACGUACAUUAAUACCAAAGAUAGAGUACUCCUCAAGGUUAUAAACUACUCAUCACCAGCUUCUGCUGGAGCAGUGUGUAUUGAUCCUGACUGCACUUGGAUUGAGCAAUGGGUUCAACGUGCUGGGCCACGGGAAAAUAUUUACUUCAGACCUGAGGAUGUGAAGGCAGCUAUUGUUACUUGUGGUGGGCUUUGUCCUGGUCUUAAUGAUGUCAUUAGACUUAUUGUCAUCACUUUAGAGAUAUAUGGUGUGAAGAACAUUGUUGGGAUUCCUUUUGGUUACCGUGGCUUCUCUGAUAAGAACCUACCUGAAAUCCCUUUGUCAAGAAAAGUGGUGCAGAACAUUCAUCUUUCCGGUGGAAGUUUGCUCGGGGUUUCACGUGGAGGACCGACUGUUACUAAGAUCGUGGACAGCAUGGAGGAGAGAGGAAUCAACAUGCUUUUCGUGCUUGGUGGUAAUGGAACUCAUGCUGGUGCCAAUGCUAUACACAAUGAGUGUGUCAAAAGAAGGAUGAAGGUAGCUGUGGUUGGUGUACCGAAAACAAUUGACAAUGAUAUUUUGCAUAUGGAUAAAACAUUUGGGUUUGACACUGCUGUUGAAGAAGCACAACGAGCUAUUAACUCCGCAUACAUCGAGGCACAUAGUGCUUACCAUGGCAUAGGCGUUGUGAAACUGAUGGGUCGUAGCAGUGGAUUCAUCGCCAUGCAAGCAUCCUUAGCGAGUGGACAAGUCGACAUUUGUCUCAUUCCCGAGGUUCCUUUCAACCUCCAUGGACCUGAUGGUGUACUGAAACAUCUGAACUACCUUAUCGAAACAAAAGGCUCUGCUGUAGUUUGCGUUGCGGAAGGAGCAGGGCAGAGUUUCCUUGAGAAUACAAAUGCAAAAGAUGCAUCUGGAAACAAAGUACUCGGUGACAUCGGUGUGCACAUUCAACAAGAGACGAAGAAGUACUUCAAGGAGAUUGGUGUUGCGGCAGAUGUGAAGUAUAUAGAUCCAACAUACAUGAUCCGAGCUGUACGUGCAAAUGCAUCAGAUGGAAUCCUCUGCACGGUCUUAGGACAAAACGCUGUUCAUGGAGCUUUUGCUGGGUACAGUGGAAUAACUGUGGGGAUAAUAAACAAUCAUUAUGCUUACUUACCCAUUCCUGAAGUGAUUGCUUAUGACAAAUCAGUUGAUCCCAAUAGUCGAAUGUGGCAUCGUUGCUUAACUUCCACAGGCCAGCCUGAUUUUUUGUAAUUUUUAUCCACAUUUAUUACUUCUUUUUGGAGCUUUUCAGAAGAAUAAAACCAAACACACGAAUUCUCGUUCGAAAAAAAACUAAAGCAGAUUUAUCUUCUUUUGUUAACUAAGAAGACUUUCAUAAGUUUCUGUACAAAUGUAUAGAGAGCAAAUGUUUCUGAAGGUAUUACUGGACUAUUCAUAUUCUUUCGAGACUCAGAACCUUUAGGUUUAUAUCUCAUUAUUAAGAUUCGAGUAUCUAUUCACUUUGCACAUCAGUUGAAUAAAAAUGUAUAUAUGAUUUAGUAGGGCAAUUCUGCGCUACGCGCGGGAUUUGAUGGAUCGGUUUGUUUAAAAGAUAUAAUUUUGUGUUAAUUUUCUUUUGUGUCAAGUUGACCGUGAAUAUGAUUAUGUUGUGCACACCAAAUUUUAAUUAUAUAACUAAUUUUUUUAAAAUUCUUAGUAUUGUUGUUUUUUUAAUCUUAAAUUAUAAGUUUUUACUGUGUUUAAGUUCUAUGAAUACAUUUAUAUUUGUUAAUUUAAUUGUAACUAUAUUUUUUUUUGUGUUAAAAUUUUGGUUAUACAUUCUUUGUUUAGAUAUUAGAAGAUUAAGCGUCAAACUCAUUGUUAACAAAAUUUAUAUAUAGAUAAUUACAUUUGUUUGAACGGAGCAAUGUGAAUUUUUGUUUAUAUAAGUAUUAGGAGAUUAGGGUGUAUUCGACUAACAGUUUUAGAUGAUUUGUAUUUAAGUGACAAAUCCAAUGUUAUUCAAAAGAUGAUUUUAAAACAUACUUAAAAUUCAGUGUUAUUGAACUUGUCAUUUUAACAAACACUCUAAAAUCAACUGUCAUUGAACAAAAUUUAAGUUGGAGAUUUUAGAGUGCUUUAAAUGUUUUUAGGGUGUUUGAGAGAGGUUUCUUAGUUAU